AUGGAAAUGGCCAUGAUGCGUGCAAAUAUCGAGGAAGAUAGAGAAGCAACUAUAGCACGUUUUCUUGCAGGUUUGAAUUUUGAAGUUGCUAGCGUUGUUGAGUUGCAGCAUUGUGUCGAGUUGGAUGACAUGGUGCAUAUGGCGAUCAAAAUAAAAAGCCAACAACAUAGAAAAUCUUCUUACCGAGUGGAUAGUGAUGAAGAUGAUGACCAAUUGCAGACUUGUGCAAUAGGUGAAGCACUUGUGAUUAAGAGAAGUUUGAAUGCACAACCGAUUCAUGAUGAACAUCAGCGAGAGAACAUCUUUCAUACAAGAUGUCUUGUAAAUGAUAAGGUAUGUGUUGUGAUUAUCGAUAGUGGUAGUUUUACUAACGAUGCAAGUAUUGUUAUGGUUGACAAGUUAGGGCUGAAAAUGACAAAGCAUCCCAAUCUAUAUAAGCUACAGUGGUUGAAUGAUGGUGGAGAGUUAAAGGUCACUAAACAAGUUCUUGUACCAUUUACCAUUGGAAAGUACAAGGACGAAGUGUUGUGUGACGUUUGUCAAUGGAUGCCACUCAUUUGUUAUUGGGACGUCCAUGGUAUGAAAAUCUCCUUAGUACCUUUGACACCAAGUCAAGUGCAGAAAGAUCAAGUUCGUUUGAAAAAGAACAGUAGAGAAGCAAAAGGAAAGAAAAAGAUGAACGUGUAUGCAAGCGAAAAGGAAAUCAGGAAAUGUCUUUCCUCUCAGCAAUCUUUACUUAUUUUAAUGUAUAAAGAGCAUUGCUUAUUGGUUGAAAUUCCUACUGAUUUGCCUGUUUCUAUUACAUCUCUUUUGCAGGAAUUUGAGGAUGUGUUUUCGGAUGAGACACCAAGUAGAUUGCCACCUAUUCAGGGCAUUGAGCAUCAGAUUGACUUUAUUUCGGGAGCCACUAUUCUAAAUAGGCCAGCAUAUCUAAGUAAUCCCAAAGAAACAAAAGAAAUUCAGAAGAAAAUCACUGAGUUGAUGAAGAAGGGUUACAUUCGAGAGAGCUUGAGUAUGUGUGUUGUACCAGUGUUGUUGGUGCCAAAGAAGGACAGAACGUGGAGAAUGUGUAUCGAUUGUCGAGCUGUGAAUCAGAUUACUAUCAAGUAUCGGCAUCCUAUUCCUCGCCUUGAUGAUAUGCUUGAUGAAUUAUGUGGUGCGAGUAUUUUCUCCAAGGUGGAUUUAAAGAGUGGGUAUCAUCAUAUUCGAAUACGAGAAGGCAAUGAAUGGAAGAUAGCCUUCAAAAUGAAAUUGGGUUUGUAUGAAUGGCUAGAACAUGAGGAACAUUUGAGAAAUGUUCUUGGCACAUUGAGAAAAGAAAGGUUGUUCGGUAUAGGAAUUGGAGCAGUCUUGUCACAAGAAAAGCGACCUAUUACAUAUUUCAGUGAGAAGUUGAGUGGUGCUACCUUAAAUUGUCCAGUUUAUGAUAAAGAGAUGUAUGCAUUAGUUCGAGCACUUGAGACGUGGCAACACUAUCUUUUGCCAAAAGAGUUUGUGAUUCACACUGAUCAUGAGGCUUUGAAACACAUUACAGUUUUGCUUAUAUUAAAGAUUUAUAUAUCACUGGCCCUGAUUUUGGGGAAAGAUACAUGUCAUAUGAAAAAGGUGCAGAUGAGAAGUUUUAUCAACAUGAUGGCUAUCUUUUCAAAGAAUGAAGAAUCUGCAUUCCUCAAGGGUCAAUUCGAGAAGUUCUUGUUCGAGAAGAACGUGAAGGUGGACUUAUGGGACAUUUUGGAGUCACUAAGACGUUGCACAUUCUGA